AUGCCCUCCCUCACCACCAUCAACCUCGGGCGCGACAUCGCCAUAGAAGUCCUCGCCAUAGAGGCACAUCAAGAUCGCCUUCGGGCACUACAAGAAGGAGAGCUCAAGGAGCUCGAGACGAUUUCCGGUGAGUUGUUGCUUUGCGUGCAGCGAUUUGAAGCGUUUUUGGCGAGAUGGGAUGGGGAGGUUUUGGGGAAGGGUUUGGAGGAGGGGGGGAUGGAGGGGAUGGAGGAGAUGGAAGAGAUGGAGGAGGGAGAGGUGAAGGAAGAUGAGAUGGAGGAGGACGACGACGAUUCGCCGCCUCGCGAGCGAAGGAGGUUUGACAAUUCGCCUUCCCCUUCGCCCGAGUACAUGCGCCGUCCGGUCGUAUACCGGGACUACCAGAACGUCCAGGGCAUCAACCCCAACGCCAUCAGCGCAGGCGACAUCGGAUGGGCGCCACUCCCGCGCAUGGCAGCCACCGCCCGCGCUACCCACAUCCCGUCGCAGUACGGCCAAAUCAUCAUCAAGGUCUACCCAUUCAUCAUCGUCAAGAAGAUGGACGACUGCAUGAUCGGCGUGGUCAUCUCGUCUGCCGGCGGCAAUGGUCUCCGCUACAAGCAAGACUCGCUGCGGGCGCGCAGUACGUGCGUCGUUGAAGAGGGUUGCCGGGGGCCUACCAACGUGUCUUAUGGUUGGGCCAUGGGGCCACGUCUGGAUCUGGAGGUGGAUGGGACGAGUGCGUAUAGGCCUCUCCCUGGUGCCUUUGUGGACGUGUUGGACAGUUACCAGAUCCCGUACAACACGAGGUGGAAGGCGGACGGGCGCCUGACGCAUGUGAGUAGGGGGAAUCUGUGGAAGAUGAGGUUCGCGCUGAUGAGGGCGGAGCCGCUGGGGGUUUGA